AUGAGCUCGAACCCUCCUCAGUCGGGCAACCAAGGACAAAGCACCGCUACUCCCGCCGCUUCGACCCAGCCCGCAUCCUCUACCCCCCUGGCUGCCACCCAGGCGCCAGCCAGAUCUUACGCCAACGCAACUAAGAAGUCCGCGACGGACUCCACCGCCGCACCCGUCACCGUGGGCGGUUCAGCGCAACAUGGGCAGUCGAGCUCUGUAUCUGUGAACGGCAAACCCAUGCAAAAUCAAUCUUCUUCUGGCGUGACCAUUGUCAAUGGAGCACCUACUGCUUCCGCUCCGUCCGGCGAUCACUCCCGCAAACCAUCUGUGACCAUCACCUCGAGCGGUACCUCUGGCUACAUGCCCAACGGCGGUGGCCCUGCUAGUCGGCCCAACAGUCUCCAGUUCGGAUUCCAACAGAGUUCUCCCAACAUGGGUGCUCCUGCUGUGCCUGCCUCCAACCAGGCCCAGGCUGGACUUGGUGCCCCUUCGACCAACCCCCGCGUGACGUCCCCUCAGACUUCUCCCUCGCCGAUUCCUCAGCCCGCCUCCAGCGGCGGUCGCCCACCUCCAUCCACUUACCAGGCGCAAGGAAAUGUGCCGAACUUUGGUAGCUUCGGAGAAGCUGUUGAUCCUUCUAUUGCACACGGUGCUCAGCACUUGCGCCGCGAGUCCUCCCAAUCCACUCACAGCGACAUGAGCAACCACAUGGGCAACGGCCCUGGACGCUCAGGCUACCAGGGUGGCCGUGGUCGCGGAUACUCCCAGCCCGGUUACCAGGGACAGCAGAUGCCCUACUCCCCUAACCCCGGUUUCCGACAGACCCCCAACCAGCCACGGGGUGGUCCUAACAUGGGUCCCCAAUUCCACGGCUCCAACCAGGGUCGUCCGUUGGCUCCCUACCCUAACUCGCCUCAUCAAGCCAACCGCAGCCCUGCCUUGGCCAACGUUAACCCUACUACUCCUCAGAUGAACCAGGUUCCAAUGGCACACCCCCAAAUGCCUCAACAACCCUACGGUUACGGUCAACAUAUGGGCCCUCAAGCUGUGAGAUCCCCCCCUUCUCGUUCUUCCCAGGAUUCGUGGCGUCGUCCCCAAAGGAACCUUCAGAGCUCUUGGCGGCGUAGAGAUAACCCUCCACGCUCUCCCGAGUACCCCGUGAAUCUUGCUCCGGAAAGUGGUCAAUUUGAACAAAUUCUAACAAUGGUUAAAUUUCAACAGUCUUUCCCCAACGCUUACGAUCCCAACUACGCGGGCUAUUACAACCCGAACGGUGGUUACUACAUGGGACCCCCCUCGCCCCAGCCUCGUGCUGCUGGCAUGCCCUACAACCCUCAGUACAUGGGACAGCAAUUCCCUAACCCCAUGCCUCAGGCGGCGCCACUUUCACGUACUCCCUCACAGGUAUCUACUGAUCGUCCAGGUUCGAGCCUCGGCCAAGGAGCCGCCCCCACUGGUCCUGCUGUCGCAAGCCACACCCACACUGGCAGCCGCGCCUCCAACAGCCCCGCUCCCAAGCCCCACUUCAUUAUUCCAUCGGCCAAGAAGAGCCCGAUCAUCAUCAAGGAUCCUAACAGCGGCUCAGUCAAGACCUUCGAAAAGAACCCCGCAUCCCCUGCUCGUGCUACCCCUUCGCCCGUGAAGUUCACUCCCCCUCCUACAUCCACUCCCCCUCCUCGCACUGCCAGCGCGUCUGAGCACACUCGUACCGAGAGCAAGGCAAAUGCGACCAAGACUGAUGAGGAGAAGAAACAAGAACUGAAGGAUGCCGUUCGCAUGAAGAUCCAGCAGGACGAGGCUGCUCAGAAGCAACGUCUGGCUGAUGAGGCUUCUCGCAAGACUGAAGCUGUGUCUACCGAUGCCAAGAAGGAUGAAACUGAGUCUGCCCGGGCUGCUAUUGAAGAUCUUAGCAUCAAGGAUAAGGCCACGCCCGUUGAGGAGCCCAAGAAGACUCAGGCAGUUGAAGAAUCCAAGGAAGCUGCGCCUGCUGAAGAACCUAAGAAGGCACCUGCUCCAGCUCCUGCCCCUGCUCCCGUAGACGACGAGCCCGACUAUGAUGCCAUCGAGCGUGAAUUGGCCGAGAUUGAGGCCAAGGAGGCCGCUGCUGAGGCAGACUACAACCGCGCAAAGCAAGCUAAGAAAGAGGAAGAGAAGCGUAAGGAACGCGAGGAACUCGAGAACUACGAAGCCAACAUGAAGAAGGCCGAGGCCGAGGCCGAGGCCCGCGAGAUUGCCCGCGAGAACGCUGCUCGUGCCGGAGGCGAUUCUGCUGCCCAGGACGACAGCAAGGAGAUGUUCGCCUCGCUCAAGAAGGGCGGAUUCUCUGCCACUGAGUCUUCCACACCUGGCGACAGUGGUGCUGCUACCCCUUCGUCUGACAUGGGCCCGCCACCCAAGCCCGCCAGCGCUAUCCCCAAGAAGCCCGCUGGCCUCAAGCUUGAUACCCCCAAGCCCACCGAGCCCUUGCAAGCCACCGCAGGCAUGAAGUCUUUGCAGAAUGCCAAGUUCUUGAAAGACCUCAGCAAAGUUACUUACCCGCCAUCCAUUACCCCUCCUGACGCCACUAUGAACGCUGCUGCACCCGAAGGCCGCAAAUUCCACUACGACCGGAACUUCCUGCUGCAAUUCCAGGCUGCAUUCAAGGAUAAGAUCUCUGUGGACUGGGACUCCCGUCUGCGGGACACAGUCGGUGAUCCCACCGACUCUUCCCGUCCCCAGUCUGCCCGCACUCCUAGCAUGGGUAGCCGUGCUGGCUCUCGCAACAGUGCCAUGGGCACUCCCUUCAGUGGAGCCACUGCCAUGGGCAGCUUCAAUGCCCCAACUGGCCGACCUGGUCAAAUGCCCCCUAUGGGCAGCGGGCCGAUGGGUAGUCGCAAUGCGUCCGGCUUCCAAUUCGGACGUGGCGGUGGUGGCAUGGGUCCUAUUGCAAAUAUUCGCUCACAAUCUCAAGGCGUUCCUCCUCGUGGGAACUCGAGCAAGGGUCCCCGCACUGACAGCCGACAGAGCAAGAAGCACGGUGGCCGACAGGACGUGGCGCAAGACAAGUCGAUGCCUCUUACCGCUGGCAUGGACCUGAAGGCAAUCCAAACCUCCGCGACUGGCUGGAAGCCUCGCAGUGUCGGACAGGCUGCCGGUGCUGGUCCCGCCCCUGGUGGCGAUGGCUACUUGGCACCUGAUGUCGUGCAGCGCAAGGUCAAGGCUGCCCUUAACAAGAUGACUCCGGAGAAGUUCGACCGUAUCUCUGGUCAGAUCCUCGACAUUGUUUCCCAGUCCAAGGAUGAGUCCGAUGGCCGUACCCUGCGCCAGGUUAUCCAACUUACAUUCGAGAAAGCUACUGAUGAGGCUCACUGGGCCCCUAUGUACGCCAAGUUCUGUAAGAGCAUGCUCGAGAGCAUGAGCCCAGAAAUCAAGGAUGAGAAUAUUCGUGACCGAAAUGGCACCGUUGUUGCUGGAGGAAGUCUGUUCCGCAAGUACUUGCUCAACCGCUGCCAAGAAGAAUUCGAGCGUGGCUGGAAAACUAACCUGCCUGAGAAGCCCGAGGGCGUUACUGAGGAGGUUCAAAUGCUAUCUGACGAAUAUUACAUCGCUGCCGCCGCUAAGCGUCGUGGUCUUGGUCUCGUCAAGUUCAUUGGUGAGCUUUACAAGCUCGGUAUGCUUACAGAGCGUAUCAUGCACGAGUGUGUGAAGAAGCUCGUGGACUACGAGGGUGUCCCCGAUGAAGCCGAGGUCGAGAGUUUGACUAGCUUGCUUCGCACCAUCGGUGCCUCCCUUGAUGCCUCCGAGAAGGGACCUGCUAUGAUGGACGCCUACUUUGCUCGCAUCAACAUGAUGAUUGAGACGCCUAACUUGCCCAGCCGUCUUCGCUUCAUGCUUCUGGAUAUUAUUGAUUUGCGUGCUGCCCGCUGGAACUCCAAGGACUCCGAUAAGGGUCCUCAGACCAUCGUUGAAAUUCGCGAGGCUGCUGCCCGUGCCCAGCAAGCCGCUGAAGCUGAGCGCCAACGCCAGUCCAGCAACCGUGGAGGCGGUGGUCGCAUCCCCAUGGGUCGCGGUGACGCCCGCGGAUUCGGAUACGGAAACCAGGCCCCUCCUCCCGAUUACGCAUCUAGCAAGGUUGGCAGCGACGAUCUCCGCCGUCUGCGUGCGACUCGCAACACCAACCAGCCCAUGUCAUUCGGUCCGUCCAGCCUUCUCGGCUCCCGUACCAACAGCGGCCGCAAGAACCUCGGUCCCGGUGGUAGCCUUGUCCGUGGUAGCGACGACAGCGCUGCCAGCAGCCGCACCGGCACUCCUACCGGCAGCAAGAAGGAGGACAACUCUUCUAUGAACGCUUUUAGCGCGCUUGCCGCACUUGAAGAUCGGGAUAACAUGGCCACCUCGCCACCGUCAAACCCCACUUCCCCAGUGCUCACCAAGACGCAGCCCGCUUCUACGGAACGUCGUCCCUCAAAAACCCCGUCUGUCAAGGACGGCGAACCCACAGCAUAG